UUCCUUCGGAUUCCGAAGCGCAUCUCAGGUAGGCGAGCGAUCGAUCUCCUCCUCUCCCGAUUCCCCGCCGCCGGCUCGUGGCGCCGCGUUUCUCUCCCGAUCCAUCUCCUGCCCCCCCUCCCCCCCCCCGGGGGGCCCCCCGGCAGUUCGUCGCCACCCUGCGGUCGGACCUCGGCAGAUCCACGCGGGCAGCAACCCUGUUGGUCGGCGGCGCAUCGUACCGUACGGUCCUCCACAGCCAUGGUUUACCACUCUAGUUUCAUUGACGACGAUGAGAUCACUAAAGCGUGCGGGUGUCCUUUGCUUCCAUUAAAAACUCAUAUAAAGGGCCCAGCCCCAGCCUCAGAUUCAGAUAAAGCAGACGUAGUGGAUGAAGCAAUAACUUUCUUCCGAGCAAAUGUUUUCUUCAAGAACUUUCAUGUCAAAAGCCCAGCAGACAAAUUGCUUAUCUAUCUGACAUCUUACAUUAAUAUUGCGUUGAAAAGACUAGAAGGCUGCCGGACACUGGCUGUUGGGACCAAGGCAAUCAUAAAUCUGGGAUUGGAAAAAGUUCCUGUGCCUGGAGAACCAGGUUUUCCUUUCCCUGGACUUUUCGCCCUUCCCCAAUCUCCAGAGGAAGCAGAAUUGUUGAGGAAUUAUCUGAAGCAGAUAAGGGAGGAAACAAGUGGGAGGCUGCUCAACUGUGCAUACAGAACCAAUGGCACUCCAAACAAAUGGUGGCUGGCUUUUGCAAAGAGGAAGUUCAUGAACAUUGUCAUACUUUAGAGUACAGGCAUUUCAGCAACAGGUUAGAGCUGUCUGUAAAAUCCUGAUUGUAUUUUCAUAUUUGUGUCUAUGAUGAUGUAAAGUUUUUACAAAAUUGAUUCAUCUUAUGUCUGGAGUGAGGAACCAAAGAUUCCCUUAUGAAAGAUAGAUGCCUAAAACUAGUUCUUGCUAUGUAUGAAACAAUGAAUGGAAGGACGUGUUCUGUUGUUAUUACUUU